GGCUGGGGCUAGAGGUUGGAUGCAUGGGAAUGGGUGGCAUGGAGGUGAUGGCCAUUCAGACUGGCAGCGGGCAGGCGAGGGGCACAAGGAAUUCAGGGGCGGAGGGAGUGAGCAAAAGUCGCUGGGGUCCCUCUGGGUUGCAAGGCUUCCUGGUCUCCCUGCCUGCCCUGGGGUUGAGGGUGGCGUUCGUGCCCUGCCUGGCACCUCUCACUGCACAGCACAUGGGAUCUGAUGCUGGCGUCUCACACCUGUAAUCCCAGCACUUUUGGAGGCUGACGCAGAUGGAUUGCCUGAGCUCAGGAGUUUGCAACCAGCCUAGUCAACAUGUUGAAACCCAGUCUCUACUAAAAAUACAAAAAUUAGCCAGGUGUGGUGGCAGGUGCCUCUAGUCCCAGCUACUCGGGAGGCUGAGGCAGGAGAAUCCUUGAAUCCAGGAAGCGAGUUUGCAGUGAGCUGAGAUCAUGCUGCUGCAGUCCAGCCUGGGUGACAGAGUGAGACUCUGUCUCAAAAAAAGAAAAAACAAAACAAAAAAGGACUUUGGGGUUUCUGGCCGGGUGCAGUGGCUCAUGCCUGUAAUUCCAGCACUUUGGGAGGUUGAGGCAGGUGGAUCACUUGAGGUCAGGAGUUUGAGACCAGCCUGGCCAACAUGGCAAAACCUGGUCUCUACUAAAAAUACAAAAAUUAGCCAGGCGUGGGGUAAGCCUGUAAUCCCAGCUAUUCAGAAGGCUGAGGCAGGAGAAUCCCUUGAACCUGGGAGGUGGAGGUUGCAGUGAGCUGAGAUGGUGCCACUGCACUGCAGCCUGGGUGAUAGAGCAAGACUCUGUCUCAAAAAUGAGCAAACAAAACCAACAAAACUUUGGGAUUUUUUAUCCAUAUAUCAUCCCAAUCUUCCGGAUUUAUGUUUGGAAUGACUGCAAGAGACCAAGCAUUAAGUUAAUGACUUCUAUAUGCCAUGUCCUGUUCUGAGCAUUUAUUAUCUUAAUGAUCAAGGACUCUAUGAAGUUGAUACUAUUAUUAUUAUUAUUAUUAUGACUAUUAUUGUUGCUAUUUUUAGAGACGGUGUCUUAGUCUGUCACCCAGGCUGGAGUGCAGUGGCAUGAUCAUAGCUCACUGUAACCUUGAACUCCUGGGUUCAAGCGAUCCUCCUGCCUCAGCCUCUGAGUAGCUAGGAAUACAGAUGUGUGCUACCAUGCCCAGCUAAUUUUUAUUUUAUUUUUGUAGAGAUGGGGGUCUCACUAUGUUGCCCAGGCUGGUCUUGAACUCCUGGGCUCAAGCAGUCCUCCUGCUUCAGCUUCCCAAAUUGCUGGGAUUGUAGGCACAAGCCACCACACCCAGCCCAAGGCUGAUACUACUGUUCUAUUGAUUUAUUUAUUUUUCUGAGUAGCUGUUGGACCCACAGCUAGAUCUUCUUAUUUGGCAGAUUAAUAACAUACAGGCAUUACUGGAUCACAAAUUCAUUUUUAAAGUAUUUUGAUAGCUAUUUAAUACUUGUUUCCUCUCUUAUGAAUUCCUUUUUUUUUUUUUUUGAAAGAGAGUCUCCAUCUGUCAUCCAGGCUGGAGUGCAGUGGCAUGACCUCGGCUCACUGCACUCUCCUCCACUCAGGUUCAAGUGAUUCUCCUGCCUCAGCCUCCCAGUAGAUGGGAUUAUAGGCACCCGCCACCAUGCCUGGCUAAUUUUUGUAUUUUUAGUAGAGACUGGGAUUUUGCCAGGCUGGUCUCUAACUCCUGCCCUCAGGUGAUCCAUCCACCUCAGCCAAUCAAAGUGCUGGGAUUACAGGCAUGAGCCACUGCACCCAGCCGAUACUACUAUAUCCCCAUUUUACAGAUAAGCACAUGGGCAAAUUGAGGGUAAGGCACCGACCCAUGAUCAUACAGCUGAGAAGUGGCAAAGGCAGGAUUUGAACCUAGAACCUCUGGCUCCACAGACUAGUAAUCUAAACCACUCUCCCUAGAAUACAACAUACGUGGUAAAGAUGUGUGGUGGGCACGCAAUCAACGUAGGUCCCUUCACAGUUGCUGGGAGAGGCAGGAAUUUGCAGUUCCUCCGCGUUCUUCUCCUUCGCUGCCCACCUGUCCUGGGUCAUUCCUGCAGCCUGCCCUGCCCUGCCUGGUCUCACCCUCCCUCUGCCAACAGAAGUCUGGGCAGGGUUUUAUGGGCUCUGAUAAGGCCCUGGCAGGGCCGAAGUUCAUGAGCACUUCCUCUUUGCAGGAGGGCGUAGGGGAGGGGACCCAGGUGAUUUGGGUCCUGGCUGGUCACCAGGGAAGCUGGCAAGGGAAGGGAGACUAGGGUGCACUCUAGGAGAAGCCGACAGCCUGAGAGUCCCAGAAGAGGAGCCCUGUGGACCCUCCCCUGCCAGCCACUCCCUUACCCUGGGUAUAAGAGCCACCACCGCCUGCCAUCCGCCACCAUCUCCCACUCCUGCAGCUCUUCUCACAGGACCAGCCACUAGCGCAGCCUCGAGCGAUGGCCUAUGUCCCCGCACCGGGCUACCAGCCCACCUACAACCCGACGCUGCCUUACUACCAGCCCAUCCCGGGCGGGCUCAACGUGGGAAUGUCUGUUUACAUCCAAGGAGUGGCCAGCGAGCACAUGAAGCGGUUCUUCGUGAACUUUGUGGUUGGGCAGGAUCCGGGCUCAGACAUCGCCUUCCACUUCAAUCCGCGGUUUGACGGCUGGGACAAGGUGGUCUUCAACACGUUGCAGGGCGGGAAGUGGGGCAGCGAGGAGAGGAAGAGGAGCAUGCCCUUCAAAAAGGGUGCCGCCUUCGAGCUGGUCUUCAUAGUCCUGGCUGAGCACUACAAGGUGGUGGUAAAUGGAAAUCCCUUCUAUGAGUACGGGCACCGGCUUCCCCUACAGAUGGUCACCCACCUGCAAGUGGAUGGGGAUCUGCAACUUCAAUCAAUCAACUUCAUCGGAGGCCAGCCCCCCCGGCCCCAGGGACCCCCGAUGAUGCCACCUUACCCUGGUCCCGGACAUUGCCAUCAACAGCUGAACAGCCUGCCCACCAUGGAAGGACCCCCAACCUUCAACCCGCCUGUGCCAUAUUUCGGGAGGCUGCAAGGAGGGCUCACAGCUCGAAGAACCAUCAUAAUCAAGGGCUAUGUGCCUCCCACAGGCAAGAGCUUUGCCAUCGACUUCAAGGUGGGCUCCUCAGGGGACAUAGCUCUGCACAUUAAUCCCCGCAUGGGCAACGGUACCGUGGUCCGGAACAGCCUUCUGAAUGGCUCGUGGGGAUCCGAGGAGAAGAAGAUCACCCACAACCCAUUUGGUCCCGGACAGUUCUUUGAUCUGUCCAUUCGCUGUGGCUUGGAUCGCUUCAAGGUUUACGCCAAUGGCCAGCACCUCUUUGACUUUGCCCAUCGCCUCUCGGCCUUCCAGAGGGUGGACACGUUGGAAAUCCAGGGUGAUGUCACCUUGUCCUAUGUCCAGAUCUAAUCUAUUCCUGGGGCCAUAACUCAUGGGAAAACAGAAUUAUCCCCUAGGACUCCUUUCUAAGCCCCUAAUAAAAUGUCUGAGGGUGUCUCA